AUGGUUGUGAACUCAAUUAAUACUUUUAUCCGAAGAUACAAACAAAGUGGUGUAAUCAAAAAACCACCAGGAAUUAAACCAAAGAAGUUAUCAAGUGAACAAGUGAAAGUUUUGAAUUCUUGGUUCGAUGAAAAUUGUUUAAUCACUUUGGAUGAUGCAAAGGAUAAAGUUAAAGAAAACUUUGGAAUUGAAAUUUGUAUCGAAACGAUUCGAAAUUAUUUAAACAAACUCAACUUUAGCUUCAAACGAAUUUCAGUUGUUCCCGUUGCUCGAAAUGACCCAACAAGAAUCGCUGCGAGAAAAGAAUAUGCUCGAAACUUUAUGACAAUUCAAAGACACCGAGAAAAAUUUUUUUUUCUCGACGAAACAGGCAUCGCCGUUCACGCGCGGGUUAAUUAUGGAUGGAGUCGUAUUGGUGAACGUGCUAACGUCAAGACUCGUGCAGUCAGAGGAAAACAUUUCUCAAUUUGUGCGGCUAUUAAUUAUCGUAGUCUUUACUUUUAUGAGGCUAAAGAAAAGGGUUAUGACACAGAACAUUUUGUAACCUUUCUCAAUCAAUUCCUGCGCUUUUUAGAAAGAGAUGAUAUCAAAGAGGCCUACAUAAUCAUGGAAAAUGUCCCAUUUCAUCAUUCUACGGGAGUCAAAGAUACAAUUGAAGGAAAAGGUCAUAAUCUAAUCUUUCUUCCUGCUUAUUCACCUUUUCUCAACCCAAUAGAGAAUAUGUUUAACCAGCUCAAGUAUUAUGUCAAAAGAUUCAAUCCAAAUACACCUGAUGAUGUUUUUCAUGGAGUUGAUCUAGCAAGUGAAAUGGUCGUUAAAAACGAUUGUAUAAAUUAUUACGAGAACAUGAUGAUUUAUAUUGGAAAAAGUCUCGAAGGAGAAAUAAUAAAUAAUUAA